AUGCACAAAGAAACAGAAGCACAGAAAUAAAGGCAGGCAAUAGCAAAUUCAGUCAGAAGAGUCUGCGAAGAAUGAAAGCCAAAGAUGCGGCUACCAAGGCAGAUACAAACCUUUUUAAGGAGGAAUUGGCACAAAUGGUUGCUUCGAUGGAAGAUAAAAAGCUUGAGCUUGAUCUGUUAAAGAUAUCAGUCCAACAAUUUGCCGACAUGCUUCUUGUCUUAGAAGCAGUACUGGACAACCUUGCCCAGACUAUACUUCAGCUUUAAUUAGCUGAGGAUAGAAAAAGAUCAGUUACAUAUUUUCCUUUGAUGUUGUGUCACAAGUCCUAUUUUUGGUUUUAUUUAUGAGUCCAGUUUUUUUUCUUUGAUGCUGUGAGUCCAGAGUCCAAGCUAUAUAUGAGUGAGUCAAUAAUUUUUUGGGUUUUAG